AACCGCACUGUCCUUUCUAAAAAUACUCGGUUCAGUUAACAAUUUUCAUUUCCAUUUCCAUACAAAGCGUUGCUGGUCUCUCUCUCUAUAAAUAAUGUCAACAGAUCAUAAUAAGCCACCAGAAAAUCAUACUUCUGAAUGUCCACCCAGCAAGGGUAACAAAAACCGAACGCAUAAAAAUGCAGGUGAAGAGGAAAUUUCAAGUAAAGAAGAAAAGCAAAUGCAGAAUAAACUUGCCGAAUUGCAGUCUGCCUUUGAUAAAGAAAAAUUGAAAUCAACAACCUUACAGAAAAAACUACAAGCCCGUACUCAAGAGUGCGAUAAUCUAAAAAGCCAACUGGGGAAAUUUCAAAAAGAAUUUACUAAAAAAUCCCUUAAAGGGAAGAAGGGCGCCGAUCAAAAUUCAUCAGAUGCAGCAACCUGCGCCAGCAGUGUUAUAUUUGAAAAAACCAAAAUGUGUAAAAAUCAAGAACUGCAAAUCGAGGCGUUAACGCAGCAAGUCACUUCACUAAAAGAAAUUGUCUCAAUUAGUAAAGAGAUGCUAGGAAUCAGGAAUCUGGAGGUGAAACAGCUACAAGAUAAGUUGGACUGUAUGGAGUUGAAGUUUAUAGCCGAAAGAGAUCGGCAUUCUUUAGUAAAUGCGAAACUGGAGAAGAUGGCUAAUUUGAAUACGGAAUUGAAAAAUGAAUAUCAAAAGCAAAUGGCGUUGUUUACCGUGUUGCAAAAAAGUUAUCACGACCGCAUGGAUACUAAUAAAACAAUUCAGGAGGAGUGACGACGUUGACUUAUGAUGGUUUGGCUUAUUUUGUACAAUAAAAAGACUUUGACGAA